CCAACGUUGCAAUGGGCGAAGCUGGUGCUGGAGGAGCUGCUGUUGCGGACAAUUUCAAUACGUUUAAGGAGCUCCUAAUUGAGCGACGCGGCCGGCUGCUAAUUAUACAAUUCAAUCGACCAGCUGUACAGAAUGCGCUGCGCCGUCGCACCAUAUACGAGCUACUGCGUGCCCUGGACGUGGCCAAUGCGGAUUCGCACAUCAGUAUCGUUGUGCUGACGGGAAAUGCGAAUGCCUUCACAUCGGGCAAUGACUUGACCGAUCUGCUGGCCUUGCAGCGCAAGAGCGGAGAUGAGGCGCUGGAUGUACACUUUCGGGCCUCGAACUUUGUGAUGAAAUCGUUGGUGAAGAAGAUGCUGAUGAAUCGCAAGGUGCUGAUCGCUCUGGUCCAGGGCAAUUGCAUUGGCCUGGGCGUGGUCAUUUGCGCACUGUGCGACAUUAUCUAUGCCACGGAAUCCGCCCAGUUUUGGCUGCCCUUCUCACAGCUGGGCCUGUGCGCCGAAGGCGGCACCAGCUGGACCCUGCCAGCGUUGUUGGGCCGCAGUAAGGCCGCCGAACUGCUGCUCUUUGGUGAGCGCCUAGACGGCCAGACGGCGCUGCGUCAUGGCAUGAUCGCCAGCCUGGUGCACAAUCAGCAGGAAUUCUGGACGCGCCUCGACAAGCAUUCGCGGCUGCCCUCCGUCUCCUUAAUGAGCACCAAGCGGCUGCUGCUGCAGCCCUGGCGCCAACAACUGCUUGAUGCUCUGGACGCAGAGUCCGACCAGCUGGAAGCAUUGCGUCGCGGCCCGACUUAUCGCGCCCAGAUAAUGGCCUUUGCCAGACGGAGCAAGUUGUAAAAUCCUUAGAUAUAUCAUUUGUUAGUUUUUUGUUUUUUUUUUUUUUUGUUUUAAUAAAGUU